GUUGUUCCUCUAUCGUCCUCAGAGACGUCUCUCGUCAAAAGCUUUAAACGACACCUUUGAAGGCUGUCAAAAGAUCGUUUCCAGGUCUCUCGCACACAAACAAGGUUAAAAAAAAAAUCUGGUCUUCUAUUGAAGAUGCUACGACGUUUUUGAGCGACUGAGGUAACACGCGACACAACUGAUCAUUGCGUCUUCAAUGCACCUGUACUUUGAAAACGACAGCCUUGUGUUCGUUUAAACAAUAGCGGUCGUAACUCGUAAUUUUUCUCCCUUCUGAUUCUACCACAGCAGCAGACUUUUCUUCCCUUUUCAAGCAUUCGGGUUUUCUACGGUUAAGUGUAUUCCUCCAUCAUGUCCACCACAACGCCCCCGUUUCGCAUUGUGGCUUCCGACAUGGACGGCACGCUGUUGGACAAGGCACACAGUAUUACACCGUACACCAUGGAGACGCUCUUCCAGCUCUCCGUGCGGUACGGCGUGAAGUUCAUCUUCGCCACUGGGCGGCACCACUUGAGUGUGCACGCCGCACGUGAGACCCUCGCGACCUACUUUCACCAGCGCUAUCAGGAGUACCAUGCGAAGGCGCUGGUAGAGGUGGCAGCACACCCUAGCGCGCAAGCCGCCGUCGAUGCCGCGGUGCCCGGCUUCUACCUUGUCACCUCGAACGGUGCCCGCAUUCACGAUCCGGACGGGCGGCUGAUCGUACAGCACAACCUCGACCCCGAAGUAGUGCGGGCCCUCUACACGCAGUACGGCCUGCCUUACAUCUCCCGUCACGGUCCUGCGGUCGUAAAGGGGCCCGCCCUCGGCUUCUCUUCUUCCACCCCCCAAAUUGUCUCGCAAUUGGCGCACAACGGCGAAGCUGGUGCGGCGGGCGUCGAUGGCAGCCACGCAGAGGAUCACGUCAUCGUAUCCGCCUACACCACCGAUCAGUGGUACACCACAGCGCCUUUUAUGUCGUUGGAGGAGGUAGAGAAGAAGUUUGGCGUGCGUCCGUACGUCGUGCCUUUCGAUGCGGCGGACCCCGCCAACGCCGCCCGCAGCGUGUUCGACGAGUUUCCGGUAGAGGAUGUGGGGAAGCUGUACUUCCGCAGCUCCGACAAACACAUCCUGGACUGGAUAGAGCAGAGCAUCAAGCGACAGUUUGGCGAUCGCGUCGCCGUGGCGCUGUCCUCUCCUUGCUGUCUGGAUGUGAUGACGAGUGGAGUCUCCAAAGCAAGUGCAUUGAAGGAAAUCGUCGACAGCGUCGAUGUGCAGGCAGCACAGCGGCACGCGAUGCCCCUCUACACCAUGCACGACGUCAUCUCCUUCGGCGACAGCAUGAACGAUGAGGAGAUGCUGGCGGCCGCCGGAAAAGGGUGCGUGAUGCGCAACGCCCAGGACCGCCUGAAGAAGGCACUGCCGCAAUGCGAGGUAAUUUUGUCGAACGAAGAAAACGGUGUAGCGGCGAAAUUGCGUGAGGUGUUUCACAUGCCGGUUGAGGUGUCGAUGGGAGGGGCCGAAACGGUGUACAGCGCCGUCAUGCUCCCACGGUGA